CAUUCCUCUCCUCCACAACAGAAGAAGAAGAAGAAGAAGAACAGCAGCCUUUUAGCUGCCGACGCUACGCGGAACUUAGCGAGCAGCUAGCUGGAUAGCCUGUCCGCUGCUGCUAUCUGUGGGGGUUUAUUUUCUCUAACAGAGCCUCUCGGUGCUGCAGUCUCAGCCAGGCGGUGUGAAUGUCCCCCAGAACUUCCGUAGAGUUUAUUAUCACCUUUAACUGGCUGUUUCUGUCGCUUUCUGACAGAGAAACCAGAGGAGUGUUGAGCUAGGCUAACAGUUAGCAGGCUAGCUUUCUAACCAUUUUGUUCUGGAUCCAGCUCGCUUUAAACCGGCUCAUACCGCAGAUCUCUCAGAGGUCCAGAUGAAGCUGUCCUCCUGAACCCGGUGCCCUCGGUGAUGUCCACAGCUCGUGUGGCUUCAGGCUCCGCCCCCUGACGUUCCAUGUGUCGUUGAACCCCUCCGAUCUCCUCUAGGCAACAGAAUGAGUGGCGCCGCUGACCCGACCCAGCCCACUGAGAAGAGGAGCCCCAAACCACGGCUCUCCAAAUGAUAUGAUAGUAGCUGCCUGGAUCACUUUCUGUGCCUGUAGGAGCCUCGCCCAGCUGCUGCUGCUCCUCUCCCCCUCGGCGCCCCCGGCCCGGGAGACGCUCGCCGCCACCCGCCUCGGUGCCAUGGGCAACAGCUGCGUGUGCAGAGAGGACAGCGACCUAGAAGACCACCGCCACGACUCGGCCUCCAGAGCCACCUCCAGAGCUCAGGCCCGCCGGGUCGACCACGGCGCCGCCGUCGGAGCCGACGCCGCCGACAGAAGCGGCCGGCCCAGAGAUCCGGUCCGACCGCCGCGCCGCGGCCGCGGCCCACACGAGCCCAGACGGAAGAAGCAGAACGUGGACGGGCUGGUGCUGGACACGCUGGCUGUCAUCAGGACGCUGGUGGACAAUGACCAGGAACCUCCUUAUUCCAUGAUCACGCUGCAUGAGAUGGCAGAGACAGACGACGGUUGGCUGGAGGUGGUCCAGUCUCUGAUUCGAGUGAUUCCAUUGGAUGAUCCGCUCGGUCCUGCAGUCAUCACCCUCCUCCUGGAUGAGUGUCCUCUUCCUACCAAGGACGCUCUGCAGAAACUGUCAGACAUGUUGAGUCUGAGCGCUACGGUGGCCCAGCAGGACGCUCUGAACCCGGCUAAGCACAGAAACACCACGGCCGUCCUGGGCUGCCUGGCUGAGAAACUAGCAGGACCAGCCAGCAUUGGGUUGUUGAGUCCUGGAACCCUGGAAUACCUUCUGGAGAGCCUGAGCGCCGACUCCCACCCGACUGUCAUGCUGUUCGCUCUCAUUGCCCUGGAGAAGUUCUCCCAGACCAGUGAGAACAAGCUGACUGUGUCAGAGUCGUCCAUCAGCGAUCGACUCGCUGUCCUGGAGUCGUGGGCGGACCACCAGGACUACCUGAAGAGGCAGGUGGGCUUCUGCUCACAGUGGAGCCUGGACAACCUGUUCCUGAAGGACGGCCGUCAGUUCACCUACGAGAAGGUGAACCUGAGCAGCAUCAACGCCAUGCUGAACAGCAACGACGUCAGCGAGUACCUCAAGAUUUCCCCGACUGGAUUGGAGGCGCGGUGCGACGCCUCUUCCUUUGAGAGCGUGCGCUGUACGUUCUGCGUGGAUUCGGGCGUCUGGUACUACGAGGUGACCGUCGUCACAUCGGGCGUGAUGCAGAUCGGAUGGGCCACCAAAGACAGCAAGUUCCUAAACCAUGAAGGCUACGGCAUCGGAGACGAUGAAUAUUCAUGCGCUUAUGAUGGCUGCAGGCAGCUCAUCUGGUACAACGCUCGCAGUAAACCUCAUUCUCAUCCCUGCUGGAAGGAGGGAGACGCCAUCGGCUUCCUGUUAGAUCUGAACAAAAAGCAGAUGAUCUUCUAUCUUAACGGACACCAGCUGCCGCCAGAGAAACAAGUCUUCUCCUCAGCCACGUCGGGUUUCUUCGCCGCCGCCAGCUUCAUGUCCUACCAGCAGUGUGAGUUUAACUUCGGGGCCAAGCCGUUCCGCCAUCCGCCCUCCGUCAAGUUCAGCACCUUCAACGACUUCGCCUCCCUCAAGCCCACCGAGAAGAUCAUCCUGCCAAGACAUCGGCGUCUUGCCUUACUGAAGCAGGUCAGCAUCAGGGACAACUGCUGCACGCUGUGCUGCGACGUCAUGGCCGACACGGAGCUGCGGCCCUGUGGACACGGUGGGAUGUGCAUGGACUGUGCCUUACAGCUGGAGACGUGUCCGCUGUGCCGCCAGGAGAUCCAGACCCGAGUCAGACUCAUCGCUCACGUCUCCUGACCAAGUUCACGCUCUUCCUCCUCCUGCUCCUCUUCCUCCUUCCUGAUGAAGAUGGCUCCGUGUUUCCCUGAGGAAGAGGAGGGGAGGAGUCUCCUCUUGGUGUUCUGAUCUGGACCGGAUCCUGACAGAACCAGCGCCUUGUUGAGGCAGCCCUCAGACCUGAGGAUCCGUCCUGCAG